CGCAGGGGGCGGGCAGCAGCGACGGGGUGGCGCCGCCUCCCCGCCCGCUCGGCGCUGCGGGGCCGAGGCUGAGAAGCCGGAGUGGCGGCGCUGCCUCUGCGGGCGGGCGGGAGAAGCCGCAGACGGGCGCCCCGCGCUGCUAUGAGCUCGUCCCAGUUAGGUACCCGCCGCCGCGGCUCCGGCAGUCCAUCGGUGUCCUCCACCACCACCACCGCCACCACCAGCAGCAGCCGCCGCUCCGGAGCUCCCACACCGUAAGUUGUCGCCGGAGCGGGGCCCCGCGGGCAGCACCGAGCCCAUUCCUCACGCCAGCACCUCACUGAGCCACGGCCAGGCUUUGCCUGCUUGCUUUUCUCCUCCAGGGAUUGUUCUGCCCAGAGCAGUUUCUCACAGCCGGGUCCCCGUCUGGCUGAUGUAUCUCUGCUGUGUUUUCCUAGGUUUAUCUAAGGACAGUUGUCAAAUUUAUAUCAUUCCUGUUGUCAAAUUUAUAUCGUCCCUCUUAUUUUUUGUAUCUGCAAAGCCAGUUAUUUUGUAAAAGGUGUUUUUUUUUUUUUUUUUUUCUUGCAGUGUGCUCCUGAACACCCCAUGUUAGCUACUUAUCAGCUUUCCAUCUGACUGUUUACAAGUUGAUUGCUCAAAAACUUGUAGUAAAAUCUUUCCAAAGACUCAAGUUAGGCUAACAAGUCUUUACCUCCCUCGGUCCUCCUCCUCCCCUGUCUUGGAGCUGUGUGCUAGUCUCCGUCUCGUGUCCUCUCUGACUUCUAAAAGCAUUGCUUGGGUCAGCUCUUCAAGCAUCAAGGGAGGAUUUCAUAAGUGUCCGCUGACUUGAAAAUCUUUAUCUUAUCUUGGUCUUUUAACCUACCUCCUUCCACUUUGACCUCACCUUCUGUCUCCCUGCAAGAUUAAUUUCAUUAAAUAUUUAGUCACAAUUAACCUUUCUGCUGGGGUCUGCCAUAAGACAUUUCACACUUUCAUCCUGUUUUGCAUCACCUAUGAUUUGUUCGUUUUGCUCCUUUGCAAGUAAUGAACCUUGACUUCUUUCUUUUUCUUUUAUUGUCUUCAAAGAACCUUUGCUUGCUACCCUUUAUGUGCCUUACUAGUAGUAACUCAUUUCUGUACCAUGGCUGUUCUCAUUUUAUUGCUACAUGGUAGCACUGGCUCUUAAUAAUGAUCCUUAGCCAUGUACCCCCACUUUUUUUUUUUUUAACCUUUUGUGUGAUUUUUUUCAGAUCAUUAAAAUACUCCUGAUGCAGUUAAGACAGUCUUACACACUUUUGCUUUUGAACUGCUUUUGUGCACUGAGUCCCUUUUGUGCACUGAGUCCCUUUCAGUAACUGCCAGCUGUCUGCUUUCUUCCGUCUCUUAGAUGAUUUGCCCAAGACUCAUGCUUGUCUGUUCCCUGAGGUUGUUUUUAUGAAGUCUGUUAGUUUUAUUCCAUUCCUCACAUUCUGCUUUCCUUAGAACAGUGAGAAUCUGUGGACAGUGGACCGAAUUCAGCUCAGAAGAGCAAUUUGUCAUGUCCUAUUCCAUGAUGUCUCCUCUCAAGGAUUCUUUGGACAAAAACUGGAAGUAGGCUGCAGUACGGCUAAACAGUACCAGUAGCCCACUUUCUCUUGGCAGUUCCAUUUCUGUUCCUGUAAGUUUUGCAGUACUUUCAUAUCCCGUGGCAUGAACUGAAAUGGGCUCUCUAAUCACAUGGUGAAUGCAUGCAUAUUCUGUGACGUCUACUUGAUGUACAUCUCUUUUCUGGUCAGACUACAACUAUUCUCAUUAUGUUCCCAGAUGUGAACCUAUCGUGGUACAGGAAAUGCUGGCGUUUUGGUCAUGUGUUAGCUACAUUUUGGGUCACGUGGCAAGAAAGAAGUCAAUGUUUGUUUCAAUGCAUGCAUAAAAAUCUGUGUGCUCUACCUCUACCAGAAUGCGUCAUUGUCGGAAUCUUUUAUUAGAACACUGAUUUUGUGGUCGCUUUCACAUACUAUUUUCCAUCUUUAGAAUCUCAGUCCAAUUUCAGUGAUUUCCUCCCUUUAGUCAAAAACUGACAUGUACCCACUGAAGUACAUUUUUCUAAUAGCUUCCUCCAAGCUUCUGGGGCACAAAGCUACUCUUGAUUGUAGGAGCUUGUUCAACACACGUAGUGUGUCCCCAGCUAAUGACUGGGUAAAGUUCCCCACUGGUUACUGUUAUAUCAGCCCUUAGAUGAUUGCUCAGAGUUUCAUUCUCCUUUCUGUGUGGUUUGUUCUUGAUAGCUCCCAAGACAGCGGCAACCUGGUGCUUUCCCUUUACUCCUCCUUAACCUGCCUUUCCUUAUUGCUUCAUUGAUUUUCAGAGCUCAUUCCUAUUCUACAGUGCGGAACCACCUGUGUCAGAACUGUGGUUUCAUGCGAAGGCUUCUUUCCUGGGGAUUGUGUUUUUGUUUUUGCUUUUUAUGUCUGUCUCUUUGUGUUUGUUACAGCUUUACUGAAGUUCUGUGACCUCUUCUCUCCAAAGCUAUAGCAGUAUUUCUUUUAAUUUUCUGAGAGCCUUAGAUUGCUCACGGCCUCCCUUACUGCAAUGGUGAAUUUGAGUCUUAAAACUCUCUAAUCAUUUUUUUUUUAGUUCUGUGAAAUCUGUCACACAAUACCUGUCAAUAGGUCAGUACUGUGCUUGAUAGUACAAGAAAAACUUUUCCUUGUUCCACAUGAAAGUAACUUUUGGAUAAGAUCCUAUGGUUGAACCGGACAUGCCCAGCAUAUAUUAUUCUUAUGAGAAGGAUAUAUAUGUAUUGUCUCCUUAAAACUGUAGCAGCCAGGAAUAAAAAGGCUUUGAAAGGUCCCUUGACCUAAUUAUUGUAUUGAAUAGGCAGAGGAGAAAUGAGCUAUGUUUUUGAAUAGGAGGGGAAUCUUAAUGAGAAACAUUUUGUUUUCAUUGUUAUUUCUAAAUUAUUGGAGCAAUGUCAGAGGAAAGUUAAGGGUGUGUUUUUGUUGUAUUCUUUUUUCUUGUGGUCAUAUAAUGCUCAAAACUAAGCAAUCAGUCUGUAAUGUGACACUGAAAUAAUAGAGAUUGUCUGCUGAAUGGUGUUGUGAUGUAACUCAGAGACAUCCAGUAUCGAAUCCAGUUGUCUGCCUUGAAAAAUGCAACUUUCUACUCCCUGAGAGUUCCAUUUUUUAAUUCAGACAGAAGUUGAAGGUCAUAAAUGAUAUGGUAUUAUACCUGGACCAGUACUCGUAUGCCACAACACUCCUUAUAGUUGGAGUACAUCUGCCAAGGUCACUCCAUGCUUACCCUGAAAUCCACCACGAACGAAUGGAGAAUGAAUAUGUAGCUACUUCAGUCUUCAAAUAUUUUAAAUUUAAGUACUAAAACUUGCCUAGAUUAAACUCUAGCUUUUAGAUUAGUGAGUCUUAAUUUCCUUUGUGAAUAUAUACAUGCUGUCAUACAAAGAUCUGUUUAAAAUAUAAAGAGGAGUUUCUGUGUGCUGACAGAAUUAUUGUUCUUUCAAGGAGAUGCAAUUAUUUCACCCUUUUGUCUUUCAUAUAGCCUUUGUUGAAUUCCCUGAAAAAAGUUGAUACUUUUUUCUGAAAAACAUUGUGAGAUUCAUCAUGACAAACUAACAAACAUAAUCACAGUAAUAAUACAUAUUAUAUGUAUGCGGGUUUUAUAUGUGUAGCUCUUAUCACAGUCCUCUUAAAACUGUAAGUGAACGUCACCGCCCUAUUUUUAUCCCCUUUCCGAACAGCACUGCACUAUGUUCAGAAUAGCACUGCGCUCCAAGUAAUUGACUUCUGUCAAAACUGAUUGUGUUUGCUGUAAUGCAGGUGAUCAGAAUACAUGGCUCUCAUCACAAUCCUCUUUUAAAACUGUCAAUGAGCUAUCUCAGUUUCAUAGGCAGGAUACCUGAGCAGUAUAGCUAAGAUCAGGAUUUCCACACCUAAGUCCCUCUAAAUCAGAUAGUUCUCACUGGACAGAAUUUGAUACCUGCAUGUAAUGAAUGUGUUACUUAGAAUUAGUCAAGAGUUACUUACUGAUCACACUUUAUACUGAAGAAAUCUAACUUCUUGCCCUCCUUUUCGUCUUUGUUCAUUAAUCACUGACCUCGCUGCCAUCUCCCUACAAACCUUUGCAUUCUCUAGACCCUUCUGCAUUAUGCAUUUUUUUUAACCAGGAUCAGCAGUCAUGCAUCUUUAUGCCUCAUUGAUUUGCUGAUUUUAAUUAAAGUGGUUUUAAAAAUAUACGUACGAUCUUUCCUAUACUUUAUUAUUUCCUUUUCCGUUUUUUACUACAUACUUAUUUACUUCUGUAUUAUUAAAAUACUUGAAAUUCUUGUGUUUCUCCUUGUAUUUGUGACACAUAUGGACUAAUUAAUUUUGUCUUGCUACUUUAUGAAGGAGAAAAUAGAACAUGAAAAUUAGAACCACAGAAUUUGCAUCCAGAGGUGUGCAUGGAUUUUGAUAGCUCAUUAAAAUGUAUGACACUGCUUUUUUUCCUUCUUUUGUUUUCUCUUCUUUUUUUUUUUUUUUUCCAGAAAAAUCAUUGUAGGUUCGGUGGCUUGGAAGUAUGGAAUCAAUCUCUAUGAUGGGAAGUCCUAAAAACCUCAAUGAAACUUUUCUACCAAAUGUUGCCAAUGGCAUCAAGGAUGCCAGUAAGAUCACAAUAGGCAUCAUUGGAAGUGGAGACUUUGCAAAGUCACUGACCAUUAGGCUUAUCAGAUGUGGGUACCACGUGGUUGUAGGAAGCAGAAACCCUAAACUUGCUGCAGAGUUCUUUCCCCAUGUGGUUGAUGUCACUCACCAUGAAGAUGCAGUAGCCAAAGCAAACAUCAUUUUUGUAGCCAUUCACAGAGAACAUUACGCCUCUUUGUGGGACCUCAAGCAUCUACUCAUCGGUAAAAUUCUGGUUGAUGUCAGCAACAAUACAAGAGUAGACCAAUAUCCAGACUCCAAUGCAGAGUAUUUGGCAUCACUUUUCCCAGAUUCCCUGGUUGUCAAAGGAUUCAAUGUUGUUUCAGCUUGGUCUCUACAGUUAGGACCAAAGGAUGCCAGCAGACAGGUCUAUAUAUGCAGUAACAAUGUUCAGGCUCGCCAUCAAGUUACUGAGCUUGCCCGUCAGCUCGGUUUUAUUCCUAUUGAUCUGGGGGCAUUGUCAUCUUCAAGGGAGAUUGAAAACUUACCUCUGCGACUGUUCACACUGUGGAAGGGGCCUGUGGUGUUGGCCAUUAGCCUGGCAACGUUUUUCUUCAUCUAUUCCUUCAUCAGAGAUGUAAUCCAUCCAUACGUCAGAAAUCAACAGAGUGACUUUUACAAGAUCCCCAUUGAGAUUGUGAACAAGACUCUGCCAAUUGUUGCCAUCACUCUGCUCUCCCUAGUGUAUUUAUCAGGACUUAUUGCAGCUGCUUAUCAGCUUUACUACGGUACCAAGUAUAGGCGAUUUCCACCUUGGCUGGACAACUGGCUGCAGUGCCGAAAGCAGCUUGGGCUACUCAGUUUUUUCUUUGCCACAGUGCAUGUGGCAUACAGCCUCUGCUUACCCAUGAGGAGAUCAGAGCGAUAUUUGUUCCUCAAUAUGGCAUAUCAACAGGUUCAUGCAAACGUUGAAAAUUCUUGGAAUGAGGAAGAAGUGUGGCGAAUUGAAAUGUAUAUCUCCUUUGGAAUAAUGAGUCUCGGAUUGCUUUCUUUGCUGGCAGUAACUUCCAUCCCUUCAGUAAACAGUGCCUUAAACUGGAGGGAGUUCAGUUUUAUUCAGUCUACUCUCGGAUAUGUUGCUCUGAUCAUAAGUACUUUCCACGUACUGAUUUAUGGAUGGAAGAGAGCUUUUGAAGAAGAGUAUUACAGAUUUUAUACACCACCAAAUUUUGUUCUUGCCCUUGUUCUGCCCUCCAUUGUAAUUCUAGGUAAGAUCAUUUUACUUUUGCCGUGUGUGAGUAGGAAACUAAGGAGAAUUAGAAGAGGAUGGGAGAAAAGCCAUGUUAUAGAAGAAGCAAGUGGGUCUGUUCCACAUCUCUCCCCAGAAAGGAUAACUGUGAUGUGACGGUAGACUAUUAUUUGUUACUACUGUUGCAGAUGUUUGGUUUUUUGUUUGUUGUUCUUUUGUCAUAAAAUUGUAUUUUCAGGAGUUUAUGUAAUGUCUGAGUAAAGUCACUGUGGACUUGCUUGACAUACAGUACAAGCUCUCAAAGAAACUAUAAGACAUUUAUAACUAGGAAACUGCUCCUUCAGAUAACUACAAAUACUUUAUUUUGAAUUACAGAGGGAAGAUAAUUAUGAAAUCAGAAAAUUUUAAUGCGUCUUUGCACAGUUGUAUCAUGACAGUAUUUCAUUAUAACCAUACUUUUGAGAUAUUUCUUUGACUCAGAGCGUGUGUCAGAGUGCUGUUUAUUAAUACCACAUUUUUCUGGGCAGUGUAUCUUUUAUUUAAACCACACUUCUGUGUUAGUGAGUUCAACAUAUGGGCAAAUACAGUUAGUAAUUUAGGAAAUAAUCAGGUUUUGAAGCAACUGAAAUUAAUUUGUAAUGAAGUAUUACACAUAUUUAUUUGUGUGUGGUUUUACAACAUUCCAUGAUUUGAAUAUGCAAAACCAAUUUCAAUUAUGGUUUAAUUUUACACCUUGUAAGCAAAUGGUAUUGUACUAACAGGGGCUUUUUUUCAAAGAAUCACGUAGAAUUUUACACUUUAGCAUCUCUUCAUGUGUCAUACAAUGAAAAUUCAAAAUAUUCUUGUGUAAAAAACUUGCAAGUACAUGUGCAAAGCAACUAGUUUUUAAGAAUGAUUUUGAAAUAUCAUAAAUAAUACUGAGAGUUCUGCAACAAUAAAAGUCUGUUUUCACUUUGAGGCUUCCAAUAUGUUGCUACAACAUGGAAGCAUCACAUUACUCACGCUCUGUGUUUCUACACUGAAGUUUCAGUAGUUAUACAUGAAUUUCCCAGAAUCUGUCUUAAAAUCUUACUAUCUUUUUGUGCAAAUACAAUCUUCUAUUUUUAUAAUAAAGUCUUACUUUUACACCAGAUGUUUCUGGGAUAUGCCUCAAUUUUUAAGAAACAAAAUUAUUCUUAGUCCAAAAAAUGAAAUUUUACCUCUGAAACUUGGCAUUUGCAUUUCCUGUGAGAUUCAAAAGAACAUUCAAAAUUGUUUAUUACCACUGCUUUUCUGGUUUUACUCUUAACAAAAUAGCCAACCCAACUCAUGUACCUUCAGGCUACUCCUACUUAAUUAGGAAAAUCUUUAUUUUAAUGAAUGAGAAUAGAUCCAAAUAUUCCUUAGAUAUAUGGAAUUAUAUUUUUCAUAUCUAUUUUUGCACUAUUUAGGAUCUCUGACUUUCUUAGCUGAAACUUCACUUACUAUUUCUUUGCAUGAAAUUGUCAUCAACAUAUGAUGCCUGUCAGAAAUACACAGUACUUAAGUUGAAUAUAUAAUUAAACAUUAUUAGUCCUGUAAGUCUGAGUACCUCUGUAAUGAAACCAACAGCUCCACAGAACAAACAGAAUCUAGAAUCAAGUUCUGCUCUCAGUUACACCAGCCUAAAUCUAAAGAGUUUGUGUUAGUUGUUCAUAAUUUCAAUUCAAACUCAAAAAUCUACUACAAUUUUAUUUUAAUUGUAGUAUUUGUAUUCUCCAAAUAUCAAGCCCAUGUUAUAUUUUGGGUUUGUUGCAAAUCAAAAAACAGCUAGAUUUUUUUUUCCAAUUUCAAGCACAUUCAAUUCCAACGUUGAAAUGAAAUUUUCACACCAAAUAUAAUAUUUGCAUGCAUUUUUUUCCAGAAUUAAAGCAUUUAUGUCUUUAAACAUCCUUUGUAUGUAAUAUGUUGUCAGUAAAUCUUUUUUCUCUUUGAAAAUUGAGGAUUCUGAAAACGUGUUUUGGAAAAAAUAGAAUUCAACCAUAUUUCAUAGAAUAAUAGAAUCAUAGAAUGUUUUCGGUUGGAAGAGACCUUAAAGAUCACCCCUUUCCACCCCAACCCUGCUGUGGGCAGGGACACCUCCCACGGACAAGGUUACCCAAAGCCCCAUCCAGCCUGGCCUUGAACACUUCCAGGGAUGGGGCAUCCACAGCUUCUCUGGGCAGCCUGUGCCAGCGCCUCACCACCCUCAGAGUAAAGAACUUUUUUCCGAAUAUCUAAUGUAAAUCUUCCCUGUUUUAGUUUAAAACCAUUACUCCUUGUAAUCACUGCUCUCCCUGAUAAAGAGUCCAUCUCCUGCUUCCUUGUAGGGCCCCUAGUGAUUUUCAGGAGCCCUUGUGGGACCCCUAGUGAUUGUAGUGAUUUUCAUGUUUGUCAACAGAAACAUGAGAGCUGCGGGGGGUCAGGAACAGAAAGAGAAAUUUUUUUUUCACCUAGUUUUGAAAAGUAAGCUAUUGGUUAGACAAGGGUCCAUUGAGACUUUUCUCCAGUAGCAGACUAGUGGCAGAUUCUUCCAAAAAGAGCAUCUGUCUAGUGAUUCAUCCUCAGACAUAACCCCUCAGCCUCUUGAAAAUCGAUGAUUUAGGACUUCUUUGGGACAGAUACUGCCUCUGGACUAUUGUAUUGUACUUCCUCCAAAACUUAGAAAUUAUAAACUUUGAAACUUUCCCAGCAUUUUUUUUUCCUGGAAGGAAAAGAUGGAAGAGAAAAAGAAAUACAUAAAAAAGUUUAAUAAGACUAUCAAAUAAAAGUUUAAUAAACCUAUCAAAUUAAUUUAAAAAAUUUUUUGAAUUCUUUUUUUAAAAAAAUGAUCAGAUAAUUUCAAAGCAAUAACUGUAUUUUCCCUUUUCCAAUAUGCAGCUAUUUCAGUGAUAAAUAUGGUGAUGCACAAGCCCAAUACUAUUUUAUCAAACAGUCUGGAUACUAAGCAAAAUAUCUGUUAUUGUUGCAUAUAGACAGGAGCCCAAACUAGUAGAUGUCCAAUAAAAUGAAGCACAAGUGACGGUUACAACUGCUAACUUACUUUGCCUGUGCAUAAAUACAUUCCAAUACAGAAAGCUGUCUAUUUUCAAAAGGCUUGCAGCAGUACAUGUAACUGAAUUUCCUAGCUUCUUAUUCCAUUAUUUCUGACAGAAACUACACAAAGCUUGGGCAUUUGUGCUCCAAUUCUUUAAAUAAAAUUAAUUGAAGAAUUAGCAUAAAUAGUUCAACUGAUACAACUAUUCUCUUGGUUGUAAUAAGUCACGUACAUAGGUGUUUGCAGGAAUAUUUGCUUGUCAGUUGUCUGGAAAGGAUUUAAUCUUCACACCCCUGGUAUUGUUUGUGCAAAACUAUUUCAACUCUUUGAUAUUAAUUUCAUGCUAGAGAAAACAGCGUGUAUGGUAAUAUUAAAAUACACAAAGUCUUGGAGUAUUUUAAUGAGAUAAAUUCCAUGCUAUGUUCUGCCCCAGAAUAGUGCCUGUGCAUGAAACCUCAUUAAAACUACUGGAAUUGGACAGUGUAACUGAAAGCAGAAUUUCAUACCUCUGAACAAACUUAGGGUGGAAACCGUCACUGUUGACAAGCUGAUUACAUUUCAUCAUUAUGUAUGCUGCUGUUAUUUUUAUAUCAAUUCAACUUAUGUAGAGUAAUUAACAUUCAUCUUGCCUAUAAUUAUCCGAUUCUUGUUUGAUGCAAUGGCGAUAGUGUUGCAGAAGUAAGAUGCUGUACUAAUUGAGCAUUACUGUCUAAGUCCAUACGUUGUAAUGUAUCAUGCAGCAACUCAUGGUGUAUACAGAAAUGUAUUUGCCCUCUUCCUAUGCAAAGUUAUUUCAUCAUUAAACUUCUUCAAGAAUGUUAAACUGUUAAAUUUUGAACUGCCAAAGGUGUCCGGAGGAAAUAGUGGUGUGUUGUUUCUUUCUUCAAACUGCGUGUAUUGAAAGUCUAAAAUGUGGUUUAAUUUUAUAAGUUACUUGAAAAGUUGAAAUACUGAAGUAUUGAUAAAUAGAUGAUAUUUUUAGAUCAAAUAUAUGAAUACGUUUUGUGAAAUAUUUGUGCUAUUAAAUAACGUAUGGUUUCCAGUUAGACCAUGUAUUUGCUUCUAACUGGAAUGACAAGAUGACUUGUUAUUUAAUCUCAUGUAGUGUUCUUUAUUUUAAGGACCAAUUCACUCUUACAAGACACUGUAAGUCUGAAAAUAAAAUAACACUCCUGCAUUUAUUACACAUUCCGUAUCAUACCAUGUAUAUGUUUAGUCACAUAAGGAAUCUUCAUGUGAUCAAACACAUUGGUUUCUAUAGGAGAACUUGAGUAAGGACUUCUCAUUAGAGAGAGACCUGAGGCUAAAAGUUCGGUUUCGAUUGCCUAAAUAUAUGAAAAUAAAUUCAUUUAGACUUUUUUAGUUAUUUAGGAAAAUAAAUAUGUAUUUUGAGGAAUAGCUUGCUAUGUAUAUUUUUUUUGGUAAAAUGAUAUAAAGCAUUUACUGAUUGUAGGGAUGUCCUGCCUAAUGUGAAAACAACCUUCACUUCCCUCUAUUACUGUUAGAUAAAAGCAAAAUAGCGCUUAAUGUAUAGUGCAAAAACUUUACACAUAUUAGAAAUCAGAAACCUCUGUGUAUUUAGCAACAAGUUAUUUGUUUUCUGUGGAUGUUAAGGUAUUUCUUCUUAACACUGUUUGAAAUACAGUUCCAUUCCAGAUUCCAUAUUUGUCUUUAAUUUUAUUUUACAGUUCUAUUAAUGGUGGCAACUGUGUACAAGUUAAUUAGGUCCUCAUGUUCUUGAAUUAUUUAGAGAUUAAUUAUUUUGAAAUUCCAUUUUGCAAGUUCUUUGCUUAUCUAGCUUGCGGUAAUGGUUAUUGGUGUGAAUUGGUGCCACGUAACCUUUUGUUCUAACAUUGUGCAUAAUAUGAUGUGCCAACAUGACAAGGGACAUUUGCAUUUUUACUUAGCAUUAAUUGGCUAUAAAAUAUUGUGUGUCUAUAUAUGCAAUUAGCUAUACAUGCUGCCCAACUUGUACUAAGAAAAAUUACUAUUUAAUAUAAGGCAAUGAGUUCCCAAGUGGAUAUAAAUUUCACAGGUAUGACUAUAGCUAGGAAACAGCUUUCCUCUGAAUGUGAUAAAAUCAAAGUUACAUAUAAAUGCAUUAAGAUUAGAUAGAUUGAGUUUUAAGUAUAAUAUUUUCAAUGGUAGCAAUAUGCAGUGGUAGUAGUUACAUAUGCAUAGUUCCUUUCAGAUAGUACAUCUCCUAAUGCACACGUUUUUGAUUUCUUGGAUGUUCAUCCUGUAGUGUUUUCUAUCAAUGUAAUAAGUAAAGUUGCAGUAUUGAUACUGUAUCAUUAUAUGAUACUGCUUGAAUUAACUAGAUUGCGGUCUUUAAGACAAGUAACACAUUGAACUGACUUGAACAACUUGUCCUUGUAUAUUGUUUUUCAUGCCUUGCUGGCAGUGUCUUGCAGUGAACAUAGUUUGUCUUCCAUAUGCAGUCUUUUCCUGGUAUUCUCUUUGUAGUCAUUUGUCAAUUUGUUUGUGCUGUCUCUCUGAACAGGGCUAUUAUAAAUUAUUAGUAAUGCUUUUACCUAUUUUUCCAUAGACUCUGUUUUUCAUAAAAAAUCAAUAAAAAGUCAAUGUCAGGUAUGUGGCUUUUUCUUCUGUGCUUAUACAUAAUAGAUUUUACUUUGCCUUUCUUUAUAACACAUGUACUCUGAUUAACAUUUUCUCUGAGAUGUAGAACUUGAAUGCGAGUUCAUAAAAAAAAAUUCUAAAGAGCAGAUUCACAGAAAUAAACUGGAGAACUGUU